AUGGAGCUGUGCCCGGGGCCCGCGCCGCCCUCGGGGUGGGCGCUGCCGCUGCUCCUGGCCCUGGGCGCCGCCGGGCUCAGCCACGGCACCCCGCACCUGCCCUACUCCCGGCCGGGCUCCCGCAGCAAGAACUGGUGCGCCUACAUCGUGAACAAGAACGUGAGCUGCUCGGUGCUGGACGGGACGGAGAGCUACGUCCAGGCCCAGUACAAGUGCGCCUGGAACCAGUUCCCCUGCGAGCCCACCCUGGUAUACCGAACGAGUUUCAGACCUCGGUACACAGUUGCAUAUAAGACAGUGACAGAGCUGGAGUGGAGAUGUUGUCCUGGCUACAAGGGGGAGGACUGCAGGGAAGGACCAGCAGAAAAGCCAAACACUGCUCGUCGUCCCGCAACGCCAGGGAGAGCUGUUGUGAAGAAAGGCACAGAUGCAGAACCAACACAAGCGCCAGAGCCUCCACCAUAUGAGAAGAGAAUGCAGUUUCUUGAGGACGAAUUGUUUAGACUUACACGAUCCGUGAUUGAGCUUCAGUCCUCCGUGGCAGGUGUGAAUGAAAACCUGAAGCUGACUGUACAAGAGGAUGCUAGCAAGAUGUUGGUCACUUGGCUGAACAACCUUUAUGACCGCCCAGAGCCUGACAGUGCAGUUGGUGGUGAAACAGACACUAUUCAGCUGCCAGGACUCCUCAACAAUAAAGAUCAAAAAGACCCUUUUAUUGAUUUUGAAAUGGAAGAUAUAAAAGCUGAGCUAGCUGAGGUCAAAGAAGCCUUGAAGAUGAGGAAUGAUGAGCUGGAGGAACUGAAUGGAAAAGUAAAAGGCUAUGAAGGACAAUUAAAACAACUGCAGGAGGCAGCACAAGGACCUACAAUAACAAUGCCCCGUGACAAUAUAUAUCAGGACUAUAUAGACUCAAAAUUCGAGUCCCUCAGGCAAGAAAUAAUGGAAAGAUUUGAAAAGAGAAUGGCAGAUCUGAAGAACUCCUGUGAAUACAAACUAGAGGAUACUCAGCCACAGCGUGAUGGCAGUGAAAAUAACUGUGCAGGGAUAAUCGAUGUUAUAAGAGGAAAAGAGAAUGACUUGAGGAAAGAAAUAAAUGCUCUCCGCACUCAGAUUCCAUCAAACAACUCCAGCUGUUGCAAGAAGGGUGAGGGAAAUGACUUUGACCAACAGUUGGAAGAUUUAGGUACAAAGAUUGAGAGAAUUAUGGAAGCACAGAGGAUCUUAAAUGUCAGAAUAGACAAUGAAAUAAUUCGAUUGUCGACUCCAGAUCUAGAAGAUGUGUUGGGGGAGAGGCUGGAGGAGCUGGAUGCAAGGAUGAAUAUUACAGAACGCAAUGCUGAAGAGCACUGCUUUUACGUUGAGGAGACACUCCGUGGAACUAUCGCUGCUGAGGUGGAUGAACUGAGAGACUUGUUCAACCAGAAGCUGCAGGCACUGGAGGUCAGGCUAGGCGGGACUAUUUUGGAGAUUGCCAACACCACGGACCCGGAUGGAAUGUUUGUUAAUCCUGGGCCUAUCCUGCCUAGUGAUGCAGGGUUUGCAAAUGAGCAGUUUUCAGCAGAGAUGAAUUUCGUGAAGGACAAACUGCUGUCGCUUGAGCAGCUCUGUGGGCAGAAAUGUCAGUCUGCACCGCGAGGUACAGAGGACCUUCAGAAAAAGCUGGAAAACUGUAACGACAAGUUCAACCACUUGCUUUUGAAAACAGAGAAUAAUUCUGUUCUCCUGCAGUCUCUAAAUAGCUCUUUUAAUGAGAAACUCAACUCAAUCAAGGGUAACCAACGCGACAUCCAGAAAAUGCAGAGAGACGUACGUGUAUUCCGAUACAAUCUAAAUGCCAUUGAUAAAGAUAUGAAAAAUCUCCAAGAUGGCCUGAGCAGCUGCAGGGAGCAGCUUCUGGGUGUCAAUUCAACAUGCAGAAAAACACAAAGAGGUGUCUUCCGAAAAAUUGAUCAAAUGCAGAGGACAUUUGCAAAUCAAACUGCUCAUUCCAGUGAUAAUUGCUGUGGUGAAGUGAAAGAGAGACUAGAACAAUUGAAUGACCAUAUGCUGAAUGAUCUUAGCAAGUGCAAAGAAAAGACCCAGGGUGUCCAGGAGGGUGUUUCAGAUGUUGAGAGCAGAGUCUCACAUGUUGAAAAAGUCUGUGGCAAGCUGGACUCUGUUUCAAAUAGCUUGCAGAAUAUAAAAGAAGGUCUGAAUAAGCACGUGAGCAGCUUAUGGAACUGCAUCCGUGAAAUGAAUGGAACAAUAGCAUCCCAUUCCACUGAUAUUGCUGGCCUCAAAAACUCUGUCCAACAGUUUCACAGUCAGGUUUCCAAAAUCACCACAGACAUUGAAGGCGUGCUGAAAUCUCAGCCUGACACAAGGCGACCAGAAGUACCGCAGCAGCCAUCGCCACCGUGGCCACCCGUGCAGCCCCAGCCUGGCAUAUCCCUGCUGCCAUCAAGGCCCAGGAUACAGCCCCCACGGCCGAGGAUCCCCCUCCUGCCACCACAGCUGAGACCUCCUCCACGCCCAGCCCUGCCAGGCUCCGCAGUUGUGCCACUGCUGCCUGGAACAGCCGGCAUCAUCCUGGAGACGGGGGAGGCAGGGCCACCCGGCACGGUGCUGAUGUCUGGGAGAGGGCGUCUCAGAAGUGCAGAUGGCCAGGCUGGCCACAGUGCCAUGCCCAUUGCUGAAGGGUAUGCUGGAGCACCAGGAUAUCCAAAGCCAUCUCCUUCUCCCACGGAUUCACAAGGACCUGCCUCUGCUGCUGUGCCCUCUCUGGUGUCAUUUUCUGCUGGGCUUACACAGAAGCCUUUCUCCAGUGAUGUCGGCGUGGUUCACUUCAAUAAAGUGCUUGUGAAUGAUGGGGACUAUUAUAACCCCAAUACAGGCAUUUUCACAUCGCCGUACGAAGGGCGCUACCUGAUCACGGCCGUGCUGGCCCCGGAGCGGGAUGAGUACGUGGAAGCGGUGCUGUCCGUCUCCAACGCCAGCGUGGCCCAGCUCCACACUGCUGGCUACAGGAGGGAACUGCUGGAGUACCACAAACCCUACUCGGGGAAACAGACCUGUGGUGGGCCUGGGACGUUCCACCUCGUUCUUCACCUCAAAGCUGGAGACGAAGUAAACGUUGUUGUAACGGGAGGCAAACUGGCCUACACAGACUCUGAUGAAAUGUACUCCACGUUUAGUGGAGUUCUCCUUUAUCCUUCCAUUUCUCAUGUUUAGGUUUACCUUGAACAGGGGAGAAGGGGAAGAUAUUCAGAAGAAAUUAAGUGUAAUAAAAUUCAAAGCUUUAAUAUAUUCAGUUUAUAUAUUUGAUUUCAGUGAUGGGUUUAUAUAUAGUCUAUACGGAAACGUUUUCCUUGUCCCUUGUUUCCAGAGGUAGCUACAAAAGACUAAAUGAACUGUAGCUAAAUGAGCUCCUUCCCAAGCCCUUGGUUACCUGUACAAGCAGAACAACUGUUUAAACAACAAGUGUGUUCUCAAUAGAUGCUUCUCCACUGUGCUCCUGUUAUUAUUCCCUAUUCAAUUGCCUUUGGAAUCUUUUCCCUAGUUUUUCAAAUUGUCCCUUGUGUAUCAAAGUUUACAUCUUCGCUUAAGUUUACAGUUGUGGUCAGCUAUUUUCAUGUUUUCAGUAAAGCAGAGCCAAGAAAGUGAAAUUGCAGUGGAUAUGGUUGAUGACUUUUUACUCCUUGUAUUAUUUAGUGAUGUGUGUUGGCAUAAUCAAUUUGUUCAGUGCAAUUGCAAACUGUGGUGGUGCAAACCAAAAUGAUAUUCACCUGCAUCAGUUUUCUUUUUAAGGGCCAAACACAGUGCUAGGAAACAAGGUGAGUGACUCAGGUGGGAGCAGCAGCACAGGGAGAAACUUGCCUCAGCUUUCCACUGGGCAGAUGUGAACACAAGGUGCAGUUGCUACUCCUGAAAGAUUUAGAAUGGUUAUUGUUUAUUUAUGGAGUAAAAAAAUGAUUGGUUAUUCACAAUGCUCUUGAGAUUAAAGAUUACUGCUGGAAAUUACUAAAACAGGUCAGAAAAAUCACAAUCAACAUUGCUUAGUUAGAAAAACAGUGAUUUUGAAAAGUUUAAAAAAAUUACAGGGUUUGUUUCUGGCAGUCCAGCAGUAUUUGUGUUAGAAGGGAAGUUUUUGUCUUUGGUGCAUUGUAGAAGACAAAUCAGAGAAAAAAUGGUUGAUAAAGGAAAGCAGUGUUAUUAGUCAAUAUUGUCAAUGGACAAACCAACCUUCUGGCACAGUUGUUACAGCCUCCUGCAUUGGGGCUUUUGAGUGAGGUUUGUUUUAACACGCAGCAUCUGUUUAUAUGGAUAAAGCAGCUUUCUUAGCUUAAACAGAUAAACACAUUUGAGGCAGAAAUAUUUUAUUUUGCACACUAGCCACUUCUCAGUGGCGGUAAUAAAAACAAUGUUUUGGCUCUUAGGACUUAGCAUUUUGAUCACUUUUGUGGCUGAAAAGAAAUCUAGCCAUGUUUAACUGAGAGCAGGACUGUAUAUUCAUUUUUCACAUGUACAUACAUUUGUCACCUGUACAUUUUUUAUAUCAAGUGACCUUUUUAGUAGUCUGUCCAUGCCACAUAGAGCUGUAUUUAUCAUAGUGGUUUGUGCAGUGUAUUUUACUUAUUACAAAUGCAGAACAGCUGUUUGUAGCCUCAGAACAAACAAUUUUUUUAGGUGAGGGAAGAACUCCCAGCGCUGUAAAGCAGCGCAUUAUAUUUAGCUGAAGCCCUUGCCCUCUGAGGAGAUCAGAUGAAGACUUGUGCUUUUGUUACUUUUAGUUUUGGAACAGAUACUCCCUAAUAACUGUGUUUCCAGGCAAUGAGAUGGGGCCUUCCCAUAACAAACUAUCACAUCCUGGAAGCUGAAUUGCUUUGAGAAAUGCAGGCAAAAAAACCCUUUCUGUCCACAGAGGACCUCUGAGUCAGCCCUAGUGCAGCUAGGGUUGCACUGGGGGAGUUGUGAGCACAGGGAGGAAACUCUGAGUGGAGUUUUAAAGCACCUGAUUUGGGAAGAUCUCUUGGCACCUGAUUUCCAGAAAUGAUGGUGCUGGAGAUAUGCAGAGGUAGGGCUGGCUGUGUUCAUAGGAGGAAGGCUGCUUCUGACAGAGCAGCUGUUAGUAGCCAAAGAUGUACAGUGAAUUGCACUGCAUGUGUUGCUGGACCUGAGCAUUAUCAUGCAGUCAGCAACCUCACACUUGUUCAAGGGGGGCUGAACUUCCUUUUGUCCUUUCUGUCCCAUGCCUUUCUAGGUCUCAGAAUGAUAGGGACAGACAGGAAGGGUUGUUUUCUGUGUUUUCAAAAGCCAAGCAUAUCAUACUUUUUUUUUUUUGUUUGUUUUAAAAACAUAGUUUCUUGUUACAAAAGCCAGAGAAGCACUUUUCCUUUCAGGAUAUUUUUCACUCUCCUCAAGAAAACUGUGUUCUCUAAGAAGCUGGCUCCAGACUAUGUGUGACUCAAGAUUAUUGUUGCCUGUUCUAAAAAUGACUCAUAGAAACAAACAAAAUGAGCUGAGAGCUUAGGGAGACCUAGCUGGCAAACACAACCUUUUUGUUCCACCUCCCUCCAAGUGAGAAAUUUUUAAGAAUCAGCAGUGCAAGUUUAGUGCUAAGAGUUGCAAAUCAAUUAUUUAAUUAUUACCUAACUGCUCCAGGAGAUUCCUAAAUCCAACCCACAAAUCUUCACAAGCCCAGUUCUGCUAAUGGGACAGUGCUGUCUUCUACCAGAAAGUUUCCCUUUAGGAUCUGCUGCUGCCUGUGCUGGGAUGGUUUAAUCCCUCAUAAUGCAGCAUAGCUGGUAUUUGUACGCUGCUGUAGAGCAUUCCCUAAACUGUGUCACAGCAGGGUGCAAUCCCUUAUUUUGAGGACUCCUUUAGACCUUGCAGGGACAGCUUCUCAUUCAUCUCUCGCUGUGUGGGUGGGUAAAGCCAUGACCUCUAAGAUUCCUGCCUUUGUUGAAGGGGACUUGACCCUUAAUUUGCACUUCCUUGGUAAUUGCUGUAAUCAGGAUGGGUGUCACAGUUCCUCCUGAUUAGUUUAUUUUCCUGGAGUUUACAAGGUGGAAUAUUCACCCACCUGGGAUGACCACAGGGAUGUAGCCCAUCAGUAGGGAAAGGGAGGAUGGAACCUGAGUUUGUCUCUGCUCCAGUCAGUGCUUGGAUUAAAUAUUAAUAAUGUAACAGCUGGAAGAGACUCAGGCACAAAUGCAUUCAUAGGCCUGACACCUGACAAGGGUUGGCUCCACACAGAGCAGUCCAGCUUCAAAGGAAGGAGCAAGAGCCCUGCUCCAGAAUACCUUGAUGCUGCUGACAGAGCAUUUACAUCUUUGGUGAGAAUUAUCAGCAGCACAUGGAAAGGCCUGCACUGAAAAUAUCCAAACCAGAUGAGUCCCCAGGGCAGCAUCACUUGUGAGACAGGUGAGUUCCCAGAGGCAGGGCUUUAGCAGCAAAACAUCUGAAGCUAAGCCAGCAUGAUGACAGCCAGAGAUUUGGCUCUGGCCAAACGUGGCAAGCAUAUCCUAAAACCCCAAUGUGACAUAAAUCAGUCAUAUCCCCAGGAAAGACUGCAGCAAAGCAGGAAUGCCAAUUUUCACUGCAAAAAGUGUAAAAAAAUUCUACCUCAUUAUUUUAAUUUGCUAUUAAGAUUUCUGGAGACAGCGAAGACAUUUGUCUACUGUCUUUACACUUGGAGAACACUUAAAGCAUUGAGGACUUCCUGUGGCACUCUAUCACAUUUCCUUUCAGUGUACCCCAGGUUAGUUGCAGCAACUUUGUGCAGUGUCACUGAGACUCUAGUUGGUUUGAUGGAGCCAACUGGCCCCAUAAGAAAAAUUACAAAUCAUCAAGCAAGCUGUAGAAAGAAAGCAAUUUGACACACCAUGCCCAUCACCACCCUAUGCAGCUUUAAAAUGUGCUGAGACUGCAAGGUAAAGGGCUCCUCAAUUGCAAUAAUGACAUUCAAACCAGGAUUGAACUCUUUCCUGAGAAUACAGCAUGCAUUUGGAAGUGAUUGCUGGUUAGCUAAGUCCUUGUAUUGCAGCCCAGUAGUGGUUAUGGGUCUCUUUCACUGAAACUAGAAACACAUUUAUGGGCUCAGCUUGGAGAUGGGAGGAAUAGGCAACUCCACUGAGACUUUCUCAGCAGGUACAGGUCAGCUGCUGCUUGCUUCUGGAUAAUGGCACAGUGUUCAAAUCAUCCAGCUACCAGGAAUACCUGGGGGCAGUCUCCUGUCAUCACGAGACAGACUCGUGCUCCAGCCAACACAACCUUUUUGCAAUGUACCCUGCAGACUUGGGAUGGUGAAUGGCAGUUCUGCCAACUUUUUGUAUAUGGGAGACUUCAAACAACACCUUGUAACAUGUUACUGCAUAGGCAGGUUUUGGCAUUUAUUUUGCUGUCCUGAUUGUGGAAAAAAGAACAUUACUAACAUUUUUCAGCAAAAAGAACUGUGCAUUUCAAAGUAUGCUUUAGGUGUGCAUGUCUAUACAUAUAUUCAUGCAUAUAUAAAAAUAAUCUAAAAGGGGGAGAGAAAUAUCCUGGAACGUGAAGAAACCGUGUGACAGAAAACAACUGCAGAUAUGUCCAAAUAAAGCCUACCUCUUGUGUAA